GUGUGUGUGUGUGAGAGAGAGAGAGAGGGGGGGGCAGACAGACAGACAAACAGACAUGAGCUACUACCUAUUGCUGUUUCUUCUCUGGCUCUGAGCACCUAUGCUGUGGUUGUACUGCCCACGCUAGCCAAGAGCUAAGAGCUUCAGCAGCAAGGGCAUGAGGAGCUGUACAGCCUGGAGCAGGCUCUAUUGGAGAACCCACAUGAGAUGCCGUAUCAUGUCUUUGUCUAGAAGAUGGGGAGACUGGUUCUGUGCCUGGGGCUUGAGAGCUGAAAAUCCCAUGAUUGAAUCUAAGUCCACCCACAUCUGCCCCAGGCUCUCAGAGCUGGGGUCAUGGCACUGGACCACAACCGGAAGGCGGGUCUUUCCUCAGCACUUAGGACCCUGAUGUCCAUAGUGACUUGCUUAUAACUGUACUGUAUACACCCUGGGCAGUGGCCUCCCAGGACCUGGCUAGCUAAGGGUGGCCCUAAGAUGAGCCUCAGAAUCCCUAGGGUGGUGGCUCUGAGCACCAAAGCCAUGGAGCCUCACCUCUAAACCCUGUAUUGUCAGAGCUAGCUCCACUGAACCAAGCAGAUCUGACAUGCAUCAGUCACCUUCAGAGUCUUCUCCCCAGGACACUCUGUGAAGAUAGUUGCAGUGUCUCUGGCACAUGUCUGUCACAAGGCCGCAUGGGUCCUUCUUUGGAAAGUUGGCAGCUGCUGACUCUCAGUUGUCAUCCCUCCAAAGGAGUGGCUCUUUCUUCCCUGAGCAGAUGGACUAAGUAUACUGUUGAGUUUGGAUAUGAGAAAUGAGACUCCUGUCUGCCUAGGGCUCGGCAUUCUGGGGAGUUGGGCACGCAGUAUGGUGAUAAACUAGUGCAGGUGGCACCUCUGUACACAGUAGCUGCUGUCUGUGAGGGCGGUGGAUGCAGCUUUUGACAAGUACUUCCGCUAGCCUAGGGCCCAGUGGAAGGGUUGUUCAGGGACCCUGACCUCAUCCCCUUCUCACAGCCUUGCUCUCAGGCUCACUACAGUGUGGUUUCUGUCACCUGCUUGGAUGACAUCCUGUCAUCAAGCCUGGGCUUGCCAGGCUCUGCACAACAAGUAGUUGUAACUGACCCACCUUGCCUGCUCCACUGGCCCUGGUGGGUAGGUCUUUGUGACAAAGCCAGGGGUGCUCUGGAUUGGGAGGGGCCAUAUCUAAGUUUGACCCAAGGGGAUGAAAAACACUGCACAGGGCCUCAAAGACUUGGUACCAAAAAAGCAUGUGCAAUCUGUUUUCAGUUCUGUGUUGGCUACAUGUUGAAAUGAUAUUUUUGGAUAUAUUAGGUUAAAUAAAAUAAUCAAACCUUGUCUCUCCCAAUAUUCUCAUUGUGACUCAUGGGAAGGCUGAAACCCCAGUGGCCUCAUCUGUGACUGCCAUCCUACCCUCUGGGUAUCUGUGGCUAGUUGUGUCUCAUUUGCUUGGGACCCUCACUUUCUGCUCUAUGUGUGGGACUCAAAGGCCUGCGAAGGUUCCUGGACAACCUCUUCAUCGUGAUCAUAACCCAGUAACUCCAGAGCCAGAGGAGGCCCUUUUGCAAGAUGGAUGCUUCUUCAUAGUCCCCCCACAUCCUUCCAGGAGCCAGAAGUUAGGGAAGCCACAGGACAGGGUAGAUGAGGACUCAGGUUCCACUGGCAGUUGGCCAUGAAGUCAUAGGGUUCUGUGAGAAAAAGAAGGUUCUAGACUUAUCUCAGCUGUACCUGCCUCCUUCAGAAAGAUUCACUAAAAAGGUGGGUGGAAGGGCAGGAGCCCACUACCUCAUACUUAACUGCUCUCGGGUCCACAGCCUCUCCCGACUCAUCUCCCAAAUGGCUACAGUCUCCACUCCUGACCCUGUCUUCUCCCCAAGAUACAGACCUUCCCUCUUGACCCUCAUUUCCCUAAGUUCCACAGCCUCUUUAAAUCCUUUCCUCCUCUGACCCAAAGCCUUCUCUUCUGUCCUUCAACCCAUCCCCAGUCCCUGCAGCUUUCUGGCCUGGGAAUACUUGCCUCUCUCCAGCCAAUCUCAGCCACCCUGGCCUUGGUGUCCGGCUCUGGCCAUCACAGAGGCACCAUGCCAUAAAGCUGUGCUACAGGUAGUGACUGCUGGUGAAGCCAUGUCAGACAGCCCCUCACCGGGGCUUUCGCCUUCACAACUGAACACUGUCACGCUCGAGGACCUGGAGCUUCUCUUAGCAGAAGGCCUCACCAGUCCCGAGCCCUUGGAUGUGGAUACCUCAGAGAGGUAUGAGUGCAGUGGCCUGGCGUCCAGCUGCGUGGUCCCUGAACACGACACCCCUAAGCAGCAGAAACAGUUGGAGCAGUGGGUAGCUGAGCUGCAGGCUGAGGUGGUUCGCCUGAGGGCACACAGGGAACGCUGUGAGCAUGCCACACUGGGCCUGCUUCGGGAGCUGCUGCAGGUUCGUGCUCGUGUGCAGCUCCAGGCCUCAGAGCUGCGCCAGCUGAGGCAGGAAGUGCAACAAGUGGUCUGGAGCCCCGAGAAGGAGGCCCUAGAGCUGUCUGGGCCCCAGAGCCAGAACCAGAUACAAGCCCUGGAUAAAAGGCUAGUGGAGGUCCGAGAGGCUUUGACACAGAUCAGGAGGACACAGGUGCUACAGGACACAGAGCGGAAAUGUUCCGAGCAGGAGAUGAACCUCAGGCUGACCAAGCUGAAUGACUUGCUGAGGCAAGAGGAGCAGGGCCGGGAAGCAGCCUAUAGCACCCUGCAGAGGAACCAAGAGGACACCAACCAAAAAGUGGACCGUGGGUUGUUCAAGAUGCAGGACCAGGUGACUAAAUUCAGCGAAGAUAUGAGCAUCCGCUUCCUAAAGAGGGAAGCCAAACUGUGCAGUUUUCUUCAGAAGUGUUUCCUGGCCAUGGAGCAGAGAAUGAAGUCUUCAGAGAGCACACGUCUGAUGGCAGAAAGCAGCCUUCGAGAGGAACUGGAAAACCGCUGGCAGAAGCUACACGAACUGACAGAGGAGCGCUUGCGGGCCCUGCGGGCACAUCGUGAGGAGGAGGAAGGUCACCUGCUGGAGCAGUGCCGGGGCCUGGACAAAGCCGUAGUCUACCUGACCAAGUUUGUGCGACAGAACCAGGUGUCACUGAAUCGUGUCCUGAUGGCUGAGCAGAAGGCCCGGGAGGCCAAGGUGAGCUUGGAGGAGAGCCAGGCCGGAGAGCUGGCCUCGUACGUCCAGGAGAAUCUGGAGGCUGUGCAGAUGGCUGGCAAGCUAGCCCAGCAGGAAACUCAGGGUGCACUGGAACUGCUUCAAGAGAAGAGCCAGGUCCUAGAAGGGUCAGUCGCAGGGCUGGACCAGCAGCUGAAGGACCUGAGUGACCAUUGUCUAGCUCUCAGCUGGAAGCUAGACCUGCAGGAGCAAACAUUAGGCGUGAAGCUGUCCCAGGUGCAGGCUGCAUGGGAAGGUAUAGAGAGGGAGUCCUUGCAGAAUCUGGUCCGGUGGCUAAAAGAGGUCUCAGCUCACUUGCAGGAGGUGCAGGAAAAAGUGAACAACCUGCCCCAGCAGAUAGAAAAUGUCUCCAACAAGUGUGUUCUUCACAAGAGUGAUGUGGACCUGCGGAUCUCUGCCGAGGGCAAGGCCAGAGAGUCUGAGGUUGAGGCUGUGCGACAGGAGCUAGCCACCCUGCUGGUGUCUGUGCAGUUUCUGAAGGAGGAGAACCCUGGACGGAAGAUUGCGGAGAUCCAGGGCCAGCUGGCCACGUUUCAGAAGCAAAUAAUCAAGUUAGAGAACAGCCUUCAGGCCAACAAGACCAUUCAGAACCUGAAGUUUAAUAACGAGACCAAGCUGCGGGCAGAAGAGAUCGCAACCCUGCGUGAGAGCAUGCUGAGCCUGUGGAGCGAGGAGGGCCCCUGGCCGCUGACACUGGGCAGCAAGCGGGUGUUCAUGUCCCUGGUGAGGCAGCGGUUCUUCAUCAAGGACAUAGCACUGGGCGAGCUGGUCCCUGUGAACUCCUGGGGCGUGUAUCAGGCUGUGAGGUGGCUUCAGUGGAAGACAAUCCUCUUGAACCUGGUAGCCCACCAAAGGCCAGGAGCAAUCUCCGCGAUGACCUACUGGAAGCCUGCACCCAAGAUCCUGUCCCAGAAAUAAAGAUGCCAGUUCUUGUA